AUGAGAGAAUCAUCCAUAUCAAGCCAAGAAGGAUUGGACACAUCCAAUAGAGAACGUGAUCAAAGGUUGCGAUCGGCAAAGAAGAAGUUGAAGAGCUAUCGCGCAAAGCAAGCUCAAAUGGAACAAGCCAAAAGACAAUCUCUUCUCGCAAACAGUUCAAUUCCCGCAACCAAUUCAGGUAGCUUCUCUUCUUCUUCGCAACAUUCACAAUCAUCAUUUUCUAUCCCUGCUCCAUCCACUUCGCAAAACCGUUUGAGCGUCCAAGGCGAUCGCGCCCUAGCAGCCAUCAUCAAUGACGCCGCACGGGAGAGCAAUCAAUUUAUCGACAACAAACGUCAUUCACGCUCUUUUUCUCGAUCCAGCGUUGGUGGUCAUGGAAGAGGACAUUCACGCACCGGCUCUAUAUCUGUGACUGCAUCUGGUUUGAUUGCAGCAUCACAGCUACUUUCAAACAAUGCAAAUGUGCCAUCUGCGCCCUCGUCCAACCGUCUCUCUACGACAUCCUCGUCUUCCUUCAUCGCAUCCACACCUCAUAGCCAUACUCGCGGACAUUCGAGAAGUCACUCGCGCAGUGGCUCUCGCAGCCUUGCGAGUGGACGGUCACGGCCUGUCAGCUUAAUCGGGUCUCUCAACGCACCAUCUUCGGCUGUGAACGAUGCUUGGAAAGAUGUGGAUGAAAGCGCCACAGUUGAACAGUCACCAGAUAUCGAUAUGCUAAAGACACCCACUCUUGCAUCCACAAGUCAGUUGAUGGAUGAUAGCACUCCAAUGGCCGCUGCAUCCAACGGGCCAAGACCAUUUAUCACUGCAACACCCGCAACCCCAAUCAAUGAAGCAAAUAGAGCGAGCAAUGAUGCAACACCUGUUGCACUUCCCAACAGGUCAAGUCAAACCCACGCACGUAGGUCAUCCCGCCAUUCACGAAAGGAUAGCGUCAGUACACGAAAAGAGAGCAUGGAGAUUAUGGGAGGUUUGGGUUCUUUGGGCAUCAAUCCUGCGCAUAUAUCAGCAGCUUUCGAUAUGACACCAUCCAACUCAGCCAACUCAUUUGCAUCUUCUUCUUACAAUCAACGUAAUAGCCGUCGCAUCAGCUCUCAAAGAUGGAGUGGAUUGCAAUCUGCUAGUGUCUUAUUUGGAGGCCCGGCUGACCCUGCUUCGAAACGUAACAGCUUCGAUUGGCGAAGUGCAAUUGCUUCAGCAGAAGCGCAAGAGCGUGAAAAUAACGGUGAUGACCGUUUGACAGCGUUGGAAAAGCUUGAAGGUCGCUCUAAAAGACAUUCUCGUCAAAGUAGCGUUCAAUUGCCCACUUUUGACGAAUUGCACGGCGAUGAAGGCAUGAACAAGAGAGCAAGUCAAGAUUUGAUCGAAUCGAAUUUGAAGACCACAAAUUCAUCUGGAUCCAUGUUGGCAUCCAUACCUUUCGCUGCCCCUCCUUCUUCGCCUUCAGCUUCUGUAAAUGCAGCUUUGAACAAUGGCGCACCAUCACUUGCUGUCAAUGGAGAUUUGCAUGCUAGCGUUGACUCAUCUACUGGAGGUGAAGGUUUGGGUACUCUGAUGGAAGAAGAAGAGGAGGAAGAGGAUAUCCUUGCAGCUCUCUCACCUCUGCGUGAAAAGGGUGGAUUUGAUUUCGUUGCAACGGAAGAAGAACGUAAAAAGCGUAAACAAGCCGAGCAAGAGGUGAUCAAACGCACUCGUCGUACCAGCUUAACUCCUGGACCGUUGAAAUUGAGUGGACGACCGGCCAGCUUAUUUUUAUCUCCUCGUACGCCGCAAUCAAGCUCGACAGGUAGUGGAUUCACGCCAUCCAAUUCUAUGCCCACGUUUGCAUCCAUGCAACAGCAAAUACAAUCAGAUUCCAAUGAUGCAGAUAUCUCACAGGAUACAUCUUCAGAUUCAGAAAUGCUUGCAGUCACGCCUACGAUCAAAGACAUUAUUGAAUCACCAGAAGUCGUUACGCCGCAAUCAUCCGGCCCUGUUAUGAGCCAAAUGCAACGUAAACUGGCCGAGGCAAGAUUGACCGGAGCACUUCCCGAAACUCCUACUCGAAAGGUAAACAGUGGUCCCACCGUAGAAAUGAAACGAUCGUGGAGAGCUUCGAUGCCUACAGCGCCUGCUACUGCACCUGCUGUGCCAAAUGCACCGAGUAGCGCAAAAGGCAUGCGUACUUUACGUCUUGCAACCAAUUUGAACAAUUCAAGAACGGAAUUGUUGCAACAUCGUGCUAAUGCUGAAUCAACUAGUUCGUUAUCAAGUUCUGCAUCGCACAGUAGUUCGGCCACAACAGGCCCAGCUUCUUCGGUCGCUGGCUCCUUUGCUGGUACACCCAACAAACGUGGAAGUUUGAUCUACAAUUCGUCUAGCUCAAAUGCUGCUGAUGUUGUCACCCCUGCAAACAGUGGCAGAAGAAGCAGUAUUCAAUACCGCGCCUCACCUCUUGACAGCAGUUCUCCUGCCGAUCUAUCGAAAUCGUCAAUCUCAUCCACAUCUUCCUUCGUCAACAGUCUCAAUGCACAGCAACAACAACAAUCGACUUCGCCCAGUCCUGGCGCUGGCGUUCCAUAUGGAAUGUUUGAAGAACUCAAAUCCAAGCAUCAAAGAGAUGUUGCUCUUUUGGAUGACGCUCGCCGUAAUAUUGCUAGGUUAGAGUCUGAAUUGGCUUCGGAAAGCGAACGUGCUCGAAAUGAAUACGACGAACUGGAAAGAUGGAGUGCGGAAGAGAAACGUUCGUUGGGUGUUCGUAUUGAACAUUUGGAAGCUAGUAUCGUUGAGGUGACCCAAGUCCGGGCAGCACGUGAACAACAUCAUCAAGCCGAAAUGAAAGAAGCAAUGGCAAAGCAUGAAGAACUCAAGACACAACUUGAAGAUGCACAAGAUGAACGUGAGAUGUUACGUGAAGAUGUUGAAGGAUGGAGAACGAGAUGUUCGGAUUUGGAGAAAUCUCUACGGGAUAGACAACCAAGUCCAAUGCUCAGUGCUGCAAUUCGCGAAGGAUCCAUUUCUCCUAUCAUUACCGAUUUCGAUGCUCCUCCAACACCUCAAGCCAUCAAACUCUUGAAGGAUAUGCGAAUGCAAAUCUUGUCUUUGGCAAGAUCUCUGGAAAUGGAGAAGGAACAGCAUGCAAAGACACGAACCGAGAAGGAUCAAUUGAAUAUGCGUAAUGCCCGCCUUCUCUCUAAUCUACACGAUCAAAGUUUCAAUGAUGAUACGAUGGCUACAACGAUGACUGCAGAUACUACAAUGCAAGAUGAUGUCAAAGAGGAUGCUGAGGUCAAGCAUGUCACCAUUGCUCCACCACCUCGUAGCGUUUCAGCAAAGUCUAACUUGAUGACUGAUUCAUCAUCGAAUGGCAGCUUGAAUGGCGUGAUCACUGUCAGUUGCUUGAGCAAUCCUUCUCCCACUGCCGAUCGUAGAGCUGUCUCAUACGAAAGUGCAGGUAGCAGUGGAAGUGCAACCAAGAAGAAGCGUAAUCACGUUUUCGCCUAUGACAGUAGCAUGGAAAGCGGAAAAGGAGGUACAAGUAUGGGAAGCAUGAGUGGAAUUACACAUCAAACUUCCGAUUACCUUGGCAGUCCCGGAAGUGGCGAGAACAGAAACAGCAAGAAUGAUGACGCAUUCAUUGCAGAAGUACAAGCUGAUUUGGUAGGAUUGGGCAUGAGUACGUCUUUGGAUACGCUAGACGAAGAAGAAGAAGCAAAUGUUGAAAAAGACGGCACUCCGCUUUCGACAGGUAAUGAGCAAUUUGAUACUCCGCAAUCGAUACACAUUGUUCAACAUCAACCAAGUGAUUCAUUCGAUGUUGAAGCUGGAGGUUUACGUCCAUUUGAUGUCGAAUCUACUGCUCCUUCAACUCCUGCUUUGGAUCAUCAAUCUCCUUUGCCUCAAUCUCUUCCUACGAUGUCAAUCGGGGCAGACGAAGAUGAUCAUCUUGAAUCCGGUCAUAACAGUGUCAGCAUCACAUCUUCCGUCGAAUCGCACAUGGAGCCAGUUUCACCAUUGCCAACACAAAGUCAAACAUCUACAGAAACGAUCACAACGCCCAUGGAUCAUGAUGAUCACGGUCGAUUUGAUUCAAGCAAGGAUGAAGAUCAAUAUCUUGAUGAAGAAGUUGAUGAAAGCGAACUCCCACCUCCACCCGCUCCAAGACCAGAAUUUAUUCGGGAAUGGUCAUUCUCCAAAGCAAUGUCCACCAUGCCUAGAUCAAACUCUUUGCGUGAGAAGCCAAAAUUGCGUAUCGGAACGCAAGGCCUGGAUAUGAUGGGAAGUGAACAGAGGAAGAGACGAGCAAGGAAGAACGUUUCGAUUGAUGACUUCUUUGGAAUUAUGAAUUUGGAUCAAGGCACGAAGUUACCUCCAUUGCCUACGCCUGACGAAGCAUUGGACAUGCCACCUUUGCAAUUUGAGAAUGAUACAGGCGUGACAACUUCGUUCAACUCUGCACCUCCUUAUGGCAUCGCACCUAGAUGGCCAUCCACCAUCAAACCUCCGAUUGCAAAAACGUCUAGAAUGUACGGACAAAGUAUGUCAAGUCGUUCAUCCAGUUCGCUUUCACCUUCUGGAAGUUUCAAUUCGAUUCGCACAUCUUCGCAAUCGCAGAGGUAUGGCAGCAGUGGCAAUCACUAUGGAGGAGAACAGGUCCCUGCCGCGCAAAGUGCACCUGGAGGAGGCUACUUUAGCCGAGUUGUUUCCUUAACAAGUGCUUUCAGUAGUGGACUUGGAGGAUAUUUAAUGGGAGGCGGAACUCCUUCACCGCAAGCUUUACCUGCAUAUAAAAAUGACAACAGAAUGGACUAUAACGAUGGUUAUCACGGUUACGGUGGCGUUGAGUCUGGCGAUCAAAAUGCCAGUAUAAGCUGGGCUGUUACUCAACGUCGAGAAGUAGAAGAGGCAUAA